UGAGGAGGGAAAAGAAAGCUCCAAUUUUUUAUUCCCCCCUUCUUUCUCUCUCGCUCUCGCGCUCGUUGCUGCUCUCGAGUGGCUUCGAAAUCCCUUCGAUUCGACUACUGCGACCUUUGAUUCGUGUUAAUACCUAGCGGUGGAAACUGCUGGAAUGGCUGAAACCGAGAUAGCAUCUGAAGAGGAGACAGCGCCUAUGGCCAAUGGUUCUGGCCCUCCUGAUGACAAAGCUAAGGUGGUCGUUACUGAGAAGAAGGAUUUAGAAGACAAUUGUGUGAAGGCAACAGAAAAUACAGAACCAGCUGGUGAUGACAAGAAGUUAGAUGAUGUGGUUAAGGUUGAUGCCAAGGAUGUGAAGAUCACUGAUGCUGAGGGUGAGCAGAAAGCUGACUCUGAGGAUGCAAAAGGUGCAAGCACUGAGGAUCCACCAGCCACCAUGUCCAAGGAUGCAAAUCCCGUUGUGGUUGAAGGGGUGAAAGUUAGUGAGGCUAAAGAUAGAAAGGCCACUGAAGAUGUGUCCGUAAACGCCGAGGAUGCAAAAAUUACUCAGUCUGAGGAUAAAAAAAUCACUCCACCGCAGUCUGGGGAUGCUGAAAUCUCCAAGCCUGAGGAUACGCAACCCACCGAGGGUGAGGAUUUGAAAACCACAGAGGCUGAAGAUUCAAAAAUCUCAGAGUCUGAGGGCACCAAGGUCACUGAGGUUGAAGAUGUGAAAAUCACGAAGGCAGAUGAUAGCAAAGCAACUGAGUCCGAGAAAGUGAAGACCAUUGAGACUGAGGACGGCCAAAUUACUGAGUCAGAGAAUCUGAAGACCACUGAGGAGGUUGUGGAAAGCAAAAAGGUUGUGGAUGUCGAAAUUAUAGAGACCAAAGAAGCAAAAGCCACACAAACUGAAGUUGUGAAUACUGCUGAAGCAACGGUUGUGGAAACCUCAGAAGUCAAGGAAGCAAUAUCUAGUAAGACAGAUGGUCUGGGUAUAUCAGAGCAGGAGGUUGUUAUUAAAACAACAGAGGGUGAGGAUGUAAAAAUGGCUGAAAAUGAGGAUGUGAAAGAUGUAGUGGAUGUGAAGAUGACUGAGGCAGAGAAUGUCAAGGAUGAGGAGGAUGUUAAGAUGGCUGAGGCUGAGGAUGUUAAAGCUGAGGUGGAUGUUAAGAUGGCUGAAACUGAGGGUGAGAAAGAUGAGGAGGUAGGUAAAAGCAGAGUGAAUGACGAGGAAGGGUCAGGAACAAAAGAAGAUAAAGGGUCAGAAAUGAAGGAAGAGAAACCUGUGAAGGAAAAAGAGGAUGAACAUUCUAAUGAGAAUGAGGAUAAGGGGGGGAAAAGUUUGAAGAGAAAGAGAUCAAGGAGCCGGAGGCCCAGCUUGGAAGGUGAAGGGAAGGAGAAGAAAGCUGGUGGGGCCAAGGCUGAGGACAGUUUCAGCACUCCUGUAGUCUCUUCUGCUGAUCGUCCAGUGCGUGAGAGAAAAACUGUUGAGAGAUUGGUGGAGGUCAUUGAGAAAGAACCAUCCAGGGAAUUUCUAAUUGGGAAGGGCCGUGGGACUGCUUUAAAGGAUAUUCCAAAUGUGGCACACAGAUUAUCAAGGAAGAAACCUGCUGACCUUAAAUUUCUCCAUCAGACUCUUUUUGGGAGAAGGGGAAAGGCUGUCAAUUUUAAGAGCCAUCUCCUCCAAUUUUCUGGAUUUGUGUGGCAUGAGAAUGAGGAAAAGCAAAGAGCCAAGAUAAAGGAGAAGCUUGACAAAUGUGUAAAGGAUACAUUAUUGGAUCUAUGUGAUUUAUUUGAUAUUCCUAUUUCGAAAGCUACCAUUCGGAAGGAAGACCUUGUGGUGAAGCUGUUAGAUUUCAUGGCAGCUCCUCAUGCUACAACUAAUGCCUUAUCUUUGGACGAGCAGCAAUCAAGAUCUGGCAAGCGCAAGAGAACUUCUAAAGGAAGUGCAUCAAAGAGUACAGAAGUUACACCUACAGAUCACUCUAGAAAGAAACGAUCUAAGAGCGGGAGUGCAACAAAAUUUAGAGGAAAGGCUACGGAAGAAACAGAAGAUGAAGAUGAGGAUAAUGAAGGUGAAGAUAGUGAGAAUGGUUUCCCUGAUGAGGAAGAAGAACAUAAUCAUUCCGAGAAUGAGGGAAAAGAAAUUGAAUCUGAAGGAGAUGAAGAAGAAGGCAACGAUCAUGAUGAUGAUGGUGAUAAUGACUCAGGUAAAGACAUGGCGAGCAUGAAGAAGUGUUCAAACAAAGGAGGCUCUGCUGCAUCAGAAAAGUCUAAGACGCAGACACCCUCCAACAAGAUCUCACUUCCAACAUCCCCAAAGACCACUACCAAAACACCCCCAUCUAAAAGGUCCAAGUCUGAAGAGAACAAAGGUGCUGGUGCUAAGGUCUUUGCUAGAAAGAAGAAAAAUGCUGACACACCUAAGAAGCCAACUCCAAAAUCAGCUCCAAAGGAAAAAUCUUCAGGUAAAAAGGCAGCUAAAACAAAGCAGCAACCAGAAGAGGUGAAAGAAAUAGGCCCCAGCGAGAAGGAAAUAAGAGAAAGCAUAUGUGAAAUUUUGAAAGAAGUUGAUUUCAACACGGCAACAUUCACCGACAUUCUUAAGCAACUUGGUGCCCAUUACAACACGGAUUUGACCUCAAUGAAGAAAUCAAUCAAAUUAAUGAUUCAAGAAGAGUUGUCCAAGUUAGCGGACGAGGCUGAAGAAGAUGACGAUGAGGAUGAUGAAGAUGACGAUGAUGAGGAUGAAACUCCGGAGCCCAAGCCGAAGCGCAAAGCCGUGAAGGCUUAAUCGCGUGUUUAUUAUGUUUAUGUUACCUCUCUUUCAGGUGUUUUAGAAUUAAGUUAUGCUCAGGUCUAUAUUACCUGGGAACAGGCACUCUUUUCUUUCCAUCAUUGUAUCUAUAACAUAGAGUUUUAGGCCACCGUGUACACAAUUCUUCUGAUCCAUAGAUAUAAUUUAGGACUCUCUCUCUCUCUCUCUGUGCUUAUGGUCUUGCAAACUCUGUUUGCCAUAAAAAUGCAAAGGCUAUAUCUUUGUUCUCAGCACGUUGGUUUUAGUUUUUUGGGCUUUCAAUUCAACAAACUUAAAUGUUAUUAAUA